AUGCCCGGCUGCCCGCGGCUCGCCCUGCUCUGCGCGCUGCCCUGGCUCCUGCGGGCGGCGGCACCCGGGAGCCCGGCGCCACCCCUCGCGCGCCGCGACCCCCACGACCCGGCCAGGGGCGCCGAUUUCGAUCGUGUCUACAGCGGCGUAGUGAGCCUCAGCACCGAGGACAUCUACUCCUUCUCCUACACCAGCCAGCCUGGCCAGGUCAGCGCCAUGCGGGUGCAUGUGAACAGCUCUUCCGAGAACCUUGACUACCCGGUCCUGGUCGUGGUGCGUCAGCAGAAAGAGGUGCUGUCCUGGCAGGUUCCGCUGCUCUUCCAAGGACUAUACCAGAGGACCUACAACUAUCAGGAAGUGAGCCGCACCUUAUGUCCAUCAGAAGCAACCAAUGAAACAGGACCGCUGGAGCAUCUGAUAUUUGUAGAUAUAGCAUCCAUGGCACCCCUAGGCGCCCAGUACAAACUGCUGGUUACCAGGAUCCAGCACUUCCAGCUACAGACAAAUGUUGCCUUUCACUUCACUGCCAGCCCCUCUCAACCUCAGUAUUUUCUAUACAAAUUUCCUGAAGAUGUGGACUCAGUUAUCAUUAAAGUUGUAUCUAAAGUGGCUUAUCCAUGUUCUGUUGUCUCCGUCCAGAAUAUCAUGGGUGUGUGGAUUUUAUGGUUUCAGAGAAAAUCCAUUGAUGGAAGCUUUGGUUCCAAUGAUGGCUCUGGAACUCUGGCGGUGUCACAUCCCAUUGCUGCCAGCACCCCCGAAGGGAGCAACUAUGGGGCAAUAGAUGAGUCGAGCUCCAGUCCCGUCAGGCAGAUGUCCUCCUCUGAUGGGGGGCAGCCGUACCAGUCAGACUCGGACAGCUCCGUGGAGGAGAGUGACUUCGACACCAUGCCAGACAUUGAGAGCGAUAAGAACGUCAUCCGGACCAAGAUGUUCCUUUACCUGUCAGAUCUGUCCAGGAAGGACCGGAGAAUCAUCAGCAAAAAAUAUAAGAUUUAUUUUUGGAAUAUCAUCACUAUCGCUGUGUUCUAUGCACUACCUGUGAUCCAGCUGGUCAUCACCUACCAGACAGUGGUAAAUGUCACUGGAAACCAGGACAUCUGUUACUACAACUUCCUCUGUGCUCACCCUUUGGCUGCCUUCAAUAACAUUCUCAGUAACCUGGGGCACGUGCUCCUGGGCUUCCUCUUCCUGCUGAUAGUCUUGCGCCGGGACAUUCUCCAUCGAAGAGCCCUGGAUGCCAAGGACAUCUUUGCCAAGGAGUAUGGGAUUCCCAAACACUUCGGUCUCUUCUAUGCUAUGGGCAUCGCAUUGAUGAUGGAAGGAGUGCUCAGUGCUUGUUACCACAUCUGCCCUAAUUACUCCAACUUCCAAUUUGACACCUCCUUCAUGUACAUGAUCGCUGGCCUCUGCAUGUUGAAGCUCUACCAGACCCGCCACCCAGACAUCAACGCCAGCGCCUAUGCCGCCUACGCCUCCUUCGCCUUGGUCAUCACACUCACGGUGCUCGGAGUGGUGUUUGGAAAAAAUGACGUCUGGUUCUGGGUCAUCUUCUCUGCGAUCCAUAUACUGGCCUCUCUGGCCCUCAGCACCCAGAUCUACUACAUGGGUCGUUUCAAGAUAGAUCUGGGGAUUUUCCGAAGGGCUGCUAUGGUGCUCUACACGGACUUCAUCCAUCAGUGCAGCCGGCCUCUGUACAUGGACAGAAUGGUGUUGCUCGUCGUGGGGAAUCUGAUUAACUGGUCCUUCGCCCUCUUUGGACUGAUCUACCGGCCCAGGGACUUUGCCUCCUACAUGUUGGGCAUCUUCAUCGGUAACCUGCUGCUCUACCUGGCCUUCUACAUCAUCAUGAAGCUCCGCAGCUCCGAGAAGGUCCUCCCCAUCCCGCUCUUCUGCAUCGUGGCCACCGCGGUGGUGUGGGCCACCGCCCUGUAUUUUUUCUUCCAGAAUCUCAGCAGCUGGGAGGGAACCCCAGCUGAGUCCCGGGAGAAGAACCGGGAAUGUGUCCUGCUGGAUUUCUUUGAUGAGCAUGACAUCUGGCACUUCCUCUCUGCCACUGCCCUGUUUUUCUCAUUCUUGGUCUUGUUAACCCUGGAUGAUGACCUGGAUGUGGUUCGGAGGGACCAGAUCCCUGUCUUUUGAGCCUCCAGCAUUAAGAGAGGAGAGAGGGAGCGAUCGAUCUUGGUGCUGUUUCAUGAAAAAAUGCAGGGCCUGCAGCAAAGUAACCACUGCCAAAUACUCCACUCCCCCCACCUGUGGAGUCAACUCUGAAUAUAUUCACACAGAGAGGAGAGGAGCGGGGGAGAUUCAAACCUGCAAGGGUGGAGGCAGCAGGAAAGCCAGGGCUAUGGACAGAGGCAAGCCCUGAAGCGUCAAGAAGCCCCUGUCCCCUUAUGUCGCAACUCUGAACUAGACAUGGACAACCGCUGCAUCAAAUCAACUCGCUAUCAUGGGGCCCCUCCCACCCUCACUUGGGACCCACCAGCAAUGGCUGAACGAUGCUGCGCCCUUCCCUCCAGCUGCCUCCAUGCCCACCAGAAACUUGAGGUGGGCGCCCUUUGCACUUCUGCAAUGUCUGCUGCUCUAGCCAUCUCAGAGCACCAGCUCCUUGUCCAGGGUCUUGUGCUGAUGUUGGCUCCUCAGAGUCUGGCAGAGGAGUAGAUAGAUGUUUUAUCAGCACCCGCUGGGCACCUCCUCAGAAGGACUGCUGUGUGUUUCCCCCAGGUUCCUCACCUCCCUAGAGAGACUCUGGAUUGGGCCUGUCACACACUCCUCCUAACAGGUCGCUGGGGCCAGAAUUUGGGUGCUUACCUAUUCCUGGUGUCUUCAUCUCACUGCUGUGUGUUGACCUCAACGCUCAGGCUCUGCCUUCUCCGGAAGGCCCUGUUACCCCACAGACCAGCUCCAAGGUGGAAGGGAAAUGAGAGGACUCUUCUAGCAGCAGGAGGAGCAAGAGAAAUGACCGGCAGGGCUGAGGCGAGUGACAUCAGCAUCAAGCAAACAUGCCUCGCCUUAAGGACUUGGGCUCCUGGAGAAACCCAGCCACGGCAAAAGGGCAUCCUCGUGCCUCCAGUUCACACAGCGCAAUUCUGCGCCCACAUCACCUUUGCGGAAGAAAUGGGUGUUUCACCAGGGACACUGCACUGGGGUCCUGUACACUGACCCAGCCCUGAGCUGUCACUUUCUGCAGAUCAGGGCCUGCAGACUUGCCCCCAGAAGCAACUCUCAGGCCGAUGCAUUUUACUCUAACUCUCUAGUUGCAAAGAGCACAGGACAUUAAGGAUGGCCUUGGUCACACCUGAUUCUCAUUGUCUCCCCGUAAGGUGUUGAGAGCUCAGCAUCCCACUUCCCUCCCCACUGUCUGGCUGCUCUGCACCUGAGAGUCCUACUUUGACCAGGCUCCUUGUUACCUGAGUGGGAUGUAAUCAGAAACUACGCACACAGAUGUGCACACAUGGAUAUAUAUCUGCCUGUGAAGUCACCUCUCACCUCUGCUUUCCUGAUCAUUCAUUGGAGAAAAGGAUCAGCCAUUUAAAAAUU